AUGGCUGUCAGAAGUCAAGAGAAGACGCUGCGGAGAGAAGACGGCGCUCGCCGUAACCAUGACCGCUCUACAUUGCAGUUUCAUCUCCACAUUCGCCACUGGCCUCUUCUUUGCUCACCCUCUUGUUCGUACCUUAUUCUGAGAGCUUCCAGGCGCUCAUCGGCGUUGUCCGUGAAAGGAGAGAAGGCAAUGAACGCCAUCAAGGGAAUAUUAAAUGUUGUUCAGAGUCGUCAUACAUGUCGGCUCGCAACGACGGAGCCACUAUUUGGAGGGUUUCGCGGUCAUCAGAUUUCUCAGCUCCCGUCUUACCUCUGGGUCCUUCUCUAUCUUGUCUACUUCCUGACGAAUUCCCGAACUUCUGGGAAGGACAGUAAUAUCUCGGUCGACUCCCCGUUCACCAGAUUAAUCGAGCAUUUGCCUUUCUUCGUUUUGCUCAAAUUUAUCCGUGACACUUCCACUCUUGGCGCUCGCAAAUUGGAAGCUACAUAUCGGCUAAUCCAUCUUACUGGGAACUUGAUGAACCUUGACAAUGAAACAGCAAAUGGUCGCAAAAGACUCGGUCGCCUCGGAGUCUCAGACCGUCAUACAUUUUCGAGACGAUUACUUAUGUUUUACAGGUCAUAUGAAAUUCAUACUUGCAAAUACAAGCGUCCAGGAUAUACACGUAAGAGCAUAUUUCCGGGCGUAUACAGGAUAAAGCCCUAUGCUUCGGCAUCGGUGCCAUCUAAUUGCUCUCGCGAAGAGUACGGAGGGCUAUAUCAAAUCUUGCAAUCCCGAAAGUGACGCAAGCAAUGCAAUUGGGACAUCACAGUCAUACAGAGGCUUACUCACACAGCCUUGGGUGCAUCAUUGGACCAUACUUGCCAUCCACACUCGGAUAUGCUGAU